AAAUAAACUACAAUCUUGAUUAUACCUCUCCAUCAGAGUGGCUUUCUGUGAAAGUUGGUUUAAUCACAGUCGUGUCGUGUGAGAGAUGAUGUUCAACUACCUUCCGGAGGAUAUGGUUGUAGAGAUACUCUCUAGGGUUCCAGCUGUAUCUCUGGCACGGUUACGAUCAACAUCCAAAAUAUGGAACGCUUUGAUCAAAGAUGGGAGACUUGCUAAGAAGCACUCUGCUAAUGCUCCAAGGCACUCUAUGGCUCUCGUGUUGAUUGAUCAUAGGGUUUAUUUAGUGAGAUCCAAUCUUCGUGAAAUUCACAAUAACGUUGCUCCAUUUGUUUCUGUAACAUGUCAUUUUAGCCUAAAAGAACGUCUUUCUAAACAUUUUUCAACAGAAGUCGACAUACGGGAUGUCUUUCACUGCGAUGGCUUAUUGCUAUGCACCACCAAGGACUAUAGACUGGUAGUUUGGAAUCCAUGUUCAGGUGAAACCAGGUGGAUUCAACCAAGAGAUUCCUACAAGAAAGAUGACUGCUAUGCUCUCGGUAGAUCCUCUUGCAACAAGUACAAAAUCUUGAGGCAGGAACUUCUUAUCAAUCCUAGCCAAGAAUCUUACGUGUACAACAUCGUGAGGGGGGAUUUUCUUAUCAAUAAUAACCAAGAACGUUACGAGUACGAAAUCUAUGACUUUACCUCUAAUUCGUGGAGGGGUGUUGGUGUGUCCACCGGCCUGUUCAAUCCAAAUAUUACCACUGGCAUGUCUGUAAACGGAAUCAUUUACUGGUUUGAUAUUACUGAACAAUUUUUACUAAGUUUUGAUUUCUCAACAGAGAGAUUUGGAAGUGAGUCUCUCCCAGAGGAUGAUAGUCAUUUGGCUUUAUCUGUGACUCGACAAGGGAAACAACUUUGUAUGUUAUCUACUCAUUCCUCAUAUGUGACCGAAACAAACGUUAACUUAUGGAUAGCAACGAAGAGUGAGAACACCGGAGCAAUGUCAUGGAGAAAGUUCCCAAUAUUGCAUGGAGUCGGUCUACGCUAUCGUUAUCAUUUUAGGGAGGGGGUGAGUUUCUUCGCAUACCAGGUGAAGGAGAAGAUUGUUGUAGUUUCUUGUCAUAGACCCAACCGGUACUCCAAGAACAUCAUACACAUUGUGAAACAUGGUAAAUUCAUAGAAUUGGAUCAUCAUGGUGCAAAACCUACACACGAAUGGUCUCCUAUCCCACUUCUCCUCCUAUAUGUUCCAAGUUUGGUUCAAAUCCAACAUGGUAUCUAGUUCUUUGGAGGAGGCAAAAGGGACGCACCAAUUCAGCUAGUGCGCAUGGCCUUGUAAUUGUCACAGUACUAGUCUAUGCAUUAUAUAAUAAGAAAAUAAUAAUCCAACUCUUGAUAUUUUAUAAUUAAGAUAUAUGCAUUGCUAAUUUAUGACUUGUUAUUCUGUUUGCAAGUGGAAUAAUGUUAGGUGUCUUUUGUUAAACGAGCAUAUAUUGUCUUGAUCA